AUGUGUACCGAAACAAUUGCCCUCUUCACCUGCGGCUGCUUUGAAGUCCAAAACCUGGAUUGCUGUAACCACACCAUAGAUGAAGCUUCAGACCCACUCAGUUACGCAAUUUGUGACGAACCAUGCCCAUCGAAAAUCUCAAUGCGGAAGAUCACUUGCGCAGAAUGCAGUGAAGGUGAAAGACAGCAAUACCACCAGGGACGGGACCAGAUUAGUGAACAAGAAGACCUGUACGAUGCCAGUGAUGAGUCUGUGGAGAACCAUGAGAAGAGCAUGGACGAAGAACCCUACGACUCCUCUUCCGAAUAUGAUGGUGACGACCUUUUCAGACGGUAUGAUGCCCGGUAUGCUUCCGACAUGGUAAACCUCGAUACAGAGAGUGAAGGAGGGGUCAACACAAACGAAUCCGAAGUGACGAAAGAGAUGAUGGACGCAGCUAUUCGAGAUUUCUUAGCUUUCAAUAUCAACGGAGAAGAUCACGAUCAUCAUCCAAUUCGCCAACACUUUGCCCGAAGCUCUGCCAUUGAUAAUGUGGUUGACAGCUUCGCCAGCAUAGACCUUAAUGGAGACAAGGACGAGAAGCUGGAAAAGUAUAGCUCAAGCGACCUCAGCAUCAACGACAAGAAACAACGAGACGGGGAGGAGGCCAUUGAAGAUGUUGCUGUUGGCGUUGUGACAGGCCCGGACGAUGACGACAGUGUUGAUGGUGAGGUGUGGUUUGAUGCACGUGAGCAGUGGCAAGAUUUAUUGUCUCAAAAGGUUUCAUUAUGA